AUGAUCAACCAUUAUUUUCGUGAGCUCUCUCAAUCUAUUGGCGCGAGACGGAAUCUGACGUUUUGUGGACCAUACGAACUUCCAAUCGUCACAGUCACGAUCGGGAAUCAGAAUUAUGGCGUUCCGGAGACUUUUCUUCGGAAAUGCCCGCGAUUUCGCGGAUCCUUGCUGAAUUCAAGCAUUGACCUGUCGGAUGUUCACGAGGAUGCUGGCCAUACACUUGUGCAUUUCUUGUAUUCAGGAAGUUACGAGACGGCUCACCUCCUGCUCAACGACGGCCUAUCCGAUGUUGCUCGAGAAUUUAGGAAAAGCGUCCUCGUCUACCACGCAUCCAGGAUAUACGAGCUUCCUGCGCUCGAAGCCCUUGCCAAAAAGUACAUAGAACGCUUUGGCGAAGACAUGUCGAUGUUUGAUAUACUGCAAAUCACAAGGGAGGUGCUUUCAAAGCUCCCGAAAGACGAAACCUGGCUGCAGAAUUAUAUUGAAAGAAACCUCCGAGAAUCGUUGCCAUCUGGCGAAUCUGAGCCAAAUUGGGAUGAGCUUCAUAACGCUUUUGGUCAGGAUCACUAUUUUGACAACACGGUGAUGAGAAUGAUGAUCAACGUACUCUCCACUCGCUUGCGUUCUGGGGUAAAUCCCGAGAACGUGAAGAGUCAUUGCGGUCAGACAAACAAUCGGGUAGACGAAACCGAAGUCCUUCCGGCGAGAUACGCCGGGGAGAGCUUCUGGAAUGGGCUGAGACCCUAUGCGGGAGAGCCUCCUGCCAAGGAAUUUUUAGUUCCGGAGUGCCCAACGCCCGAAGAACCUUUCGUGGAAGAAAAUCCUGCUCCAAAACAGCCGUGUGCUGAGGAGGAUUCUCUUCUGGAAUACCCACCACCUGAUCCAGAGAGUUCUGCUCCAGAAGAUUCUCUUGAUGUAUAUCCGGAUCCGGAGUACCCAACGCCCGACGAACCCUCUGUGGAAGAGAAUCCUGCUCCAGAAGAUCCAGAAGAUCCAGAAGAUCCAGAAGAUCCAGAAGAUCCAGAAGAUCCUCCUGCUGAGGGCUAUCCUGUUCCGGAGUACCCAACAUCCGAAGAGCUUUCUGUUGAUGAGAAUGUUGUCCCCGCAGAACCAGAAGACGCUUUUGCUGAGGAUAUCCCUGUUCCGGAGUACGCAGGUCCCGAAGAGCCUCCUACUGAUAACCUUGCUCCGGGUAAAUGUAAAUCUCCUGCUAGGCGCCGCCUGACCAAGGCCUUAUUAACGAAUCUGGGUCUGUACGAAGAUUGGAGAAGUCUCUCGUCAAAGAAGAGGCAAAGAAGGACCAAAAUACUCAGGGCAAACGGUCUUCCCGUCCCCGAUAGAGAUGGGGUGGUUUUAGCCUUGCUCGUCUGA